GUGUUGCUUCUUGACGAAUGGGCCUUUUGCGAUCGCAGUUUUUAUGACGACGGGUACGGUCUAUAUAGCCUGCUGGAGUCUUUAGAAGACUGUUUUUCCAGAUCAUAAAGUUCCGAAGGCAGCAGUAUGACAGGAAAAAGAAGAGUCUUCGUGGUUGGAGUAGGCAUGACAAAGUUUGAGAAACCGGGUCGUCGCGAUGAUUUUGACUACCCAGACAUGGCGAAGGAAUCAGGAACCAAGGCCUUACAAGAUGCUGGUAUCGGCUACAGCAGCAUUGAGCAGGCCGUCGUUGGCUACGUCUAUGGAGACACAACUUGCGGACAGCGAGCCCUAUACCAACUGGGCAUGACAGGCAUUCCAAUGUACAAUGUGAACAAUGCAUGUGCCACUGGAUCGUCAGCCUUGUACUUGGCCAAGCAGCUUGUUGAAGGAGGUAUGGCUGACUGUGUCAUGGCUCUUGGCUUUGAGAAAAUGCAGCGGGGCUCACUCAAAGCACAGUAUGAGGACAGGACCAAUCCGAUGGAUAAACACAUGGAAGUGCUCAUGAGUAACCAUGAUCUACAAGCCUCACCAAUCACAGCCCAGAUGUUUGGCCGAGCUGGCAUAGAGCAUAUGGACAAAUAUGGUACAACUGCAGACCACAUUGCAAAAAUAGCCUACAAAAACCACAAGCAUUCUACAAACAACCCUUAUUCACAAUUUCAAAAGGAAUAUUCUUUGGCAGACAUUAAGAACGCUCCGAUGGUCUUCGCACCUCUCACCAAGUUACAGUGCUGCCCGACCUCUGAUGGUAGUGCAGCUGCCGUCCUCUGUAGCGAAGACUUCGUCAAGAAACACAAUCUGCAAGCCAGGGCAGUGGAAAUAAUCGGUAUGCAGAUGGCGACAGACUUACCCAGCACCUUUGAAGAGAACAGCAUUAUGAAGAUGGUUGGGUACGACAUGACAAAGAAAGCGGCUGAUGAUCUGUAUCGCAAGACUGGUGUCCAUCCGUCACAGAUCGACGUCGUUGAGUUACAUGAUUGCUUUGCUGCUAACGAGCUAAUCACAUAUGAAGCCCUGGGUCUUUGCCCUCCAGGGAAAGCCGGUGAGUUGAUUGACAGAGGGGACAACACCUAUGGAGGGAAGUAUGUCAUCAAUCCCAGCGGGGGACUCAUCUCAAAGGGGCAUCCCCUCGGGGCAACAGGUUUAGCCCAGUGUGCAGAGCUUUGUUGGCAAUUACGAGGAGAGGCCGAGAAGAGACAGGUUCCCGGAGCCAAACUAGCUUUGCAGCACAACAUCGGAUUAGGAGGCGCUGCAGUGGUGACAUUAUACAAAAUGGGCUUUCCUGAACGACAAAGCGCACGUAUCCAGCCCAGGCUGACUGCAGCAGAGACCUUCAAGUGUGAACCACUCUUCAAUCUCAUCGAGGAACAUUUGAAAGGGUCGGGUAAAGCCAUCGCUAAGAAAGUUGACGCCCGGUUUGGGUUCAAGGUGACUGCAGGGCCUGGAGGAAAGUCUGCAUUCUGGCUCAUCGACCUGAAGGACGGAGCAACCUCUGUUGUGCGGGACGGCAAAGAUAAAGUAGACGUUACAUUCACCAUGAAAGACGCAGACCUUGUUCAGAUGAUGAUGGGAAAACUACAACCCCAAUCGGCAUUCUUCACUGGGAAGCUGAAAAUAUCCGGGGCGAUGAAGUAUGCCACCAAAUUACAGUCGAUUAUUCCAAAGAAUAUGACCAUCAAGUCCAAACUAUAAAUCAUUUUUCUGAUGCUGAAGCUACUGGAUGAACAUUGAGAAUCAAAUAAAGGUAGCAUAUAGAACAUCAAGGUUGUCUUUUAAGUCCGAUUUGCAAAUGAUUUGCAACUAUGGUUGGUUCAUAGGUGUUAUCAGAGUUAAAUUAGCUUUCAGACAUUGCUUUCAGGCAAACCUUAUGGACUUAGACCUAACCUGCUUGUGUGUUUAACAAUACUCAAUAUUGAGGAAUUGAGGUAUGACCUGAAGGCAAAUCACUGGGAUAUAAAAAAAUAAGAAAUUUUGUCUGGUCUGGUUAUCCACUUGUUAUUCCUGAUCAAUUAUUGUUUAUCUGUACGGUGCUAACAAUUAUGUUUAGAUUUAUGGUGGUGGUUGUACAACACAUUAUAAUCUGCACCUUGUAUUGCUGCCGGCUAGCAUUUCCUGGCAGGCAAGAUACUAAACUGCUCACAAAAAGUAAGGAAACUUUUUUCAAUUUGUUAUUAUUUAAUAC